GAAAUAUUAACCGAACAACAAAGCCCAGGAACAAAUCUUGCCGCUCCCGCUUUUCAAAUUGGAGAAGUUAAAACUCUACGACUUCACAUUUCCGGCAAUCUUGUUCGUUAAAAAAAUGGAUUCUAUAGCUUUAGCGGUGGAGAAACUAAAAGGGUUCGCUGAAGACUUGGUUAAAGGCCGUCCAUCUUCAUCUCGCCGCAAUCCUAUUGAAAUCUUGAAGCGGCUACAACGAGAAUCAUUCUCGAGCUUGAUGAAACUCCGAGACCGACAAGACAAAGUCGAACGUUUACUUUCAUUUUACAAAACUUCAAAGGAAAAUCCAUUCCGAGAAUCAAUAACCCUUUUGAGAGGGGAAGUCGAUUUUCUUGGAGCCGUAUUGUUCAUGUCCGAGGUUGACGAGGAACAUUGGGGUGGGGUUGGUCGGGCAGGAAUCGGAACUGGGGUUGAUUCCAGGUUUAGAUUUGAAACAACUGUUGGGGAUAAAGAUUCUGUUGGGAUUGAAUUCGUGGCUGAUCGGAAAAGGGUUGCAAGUAUUGAUGGUGAUAUAAAUGGGACUCCACUUUCUCUAUCUAAGUUGUUUUAUAAAGCAAAUGCUACUAAUUGGUUUUCUGCCAUUGCUAUUCCAUUUGGAGCUCAGGUUAAAGAUCUGGAUGUCGCCUCGGACCUUCAGGAUGAAAAGGGUCUCACUGGUUUAUCAUUGGGGCCACCCCUGUUGCAUCAGCAAACUGGAAGUUCAAUUGGGGUGACAAUGAGGAUGUCAAAUAUCUUUGCUUCGCUGGCUCAAUCUGUCUCUGGAAUGAGAAAUGAACAUUGCUUGAGUACUUUUGGACAAGUUGUUUGUCAACUUCCAUUAGGAUUUAAACUUUCACUUUUAGGCCUUCACCGAGGGCCUAAAUUGGCAGGUCGUAAUAUUCAUCUUGGAGCACUUGCUAUUCCUGUUGGAUUUUCUAGGCCUCUUGAAGAUGCUUACACAACUGAUGAUGAAACAUCUUCUCCACCUUUGACAACAAACAACCUGGAAUUCGGAUCUAUUGCCCUGAAGUUGGAAUCAGAACUUGAUGCAUACAAAAGACUUUCUGGUUGGAUUGAGAUGAAACAAGAAACUCCAAAACAUUUUGAAUGGGCUGUGAAUUUCUCUGAUACUUCUGAAGAUGUGUAUGGUUGGGGUGUGAGUCUUGGCGGAGUUGAAAUUCCAGGAAACUGUGGUCACUUUCAGGUUGAAUCCUAUGUAAAAUUUAACCCAAUUAAGACAUUUAGUUUGAAACCAGGCAUGGCAUAUAUAGUAGAUGGAAAUUCCCAAACCGUGGCCAUUGUGCUUUGGUCUAACUGGUCCCUCUGAUUUUGUUUUAGUAGGUCCAAGUUUUUCUGGAAAUUUCUUUUAGGAGGUUUUAGUUUUUCUGGAAGUCCAUAUGUUUUGGAGAAGUUCAAUAUUCAUUUCAGGUAUAUAGCUUGCUAUAUAUACCAUAUUUCAGAUAAAACGAUUGAAAAGUAUAGUUUUGCCAACUUGUUGGAGCCAUUUCCUUGUCAUUAUUAGACAAGAACAUACAUACUCCAUACUGAUGUCUAUCUAACAUGAAUUUAAAGUUUUAUUGGUUAUGCUAAUGAGCCACUUACAGUUUGAAUUU